GACAUGAAUGAAACACUGUUAGUUGAAGAAGAGGUCUGGAAAAUAUGGUGAUUUGUGUACUUUGUGUCCUUCAAGCAUUGCUCAUGCAAAAUGAUUCACGCUUUUCAUGAGACAAGCAUGAUCUGUAUCAAAUUUGAGUACUGGCAACGAUAUCUUUUUAUGCCACCUGGUUAGAAUGACAUUUGUUGUCACCCGUAACUGAUAAUGAAAUUGGACUUUAUGAUUUGAGCAAUUAGGCGUCGUUCUAUCUAUCUACUAAAAUUGUCUUCCUAUCAUCCCUUCUUAGCUACUUUUUGCAUGUCACUCGAGAAAAACUCAAUGUGUUGUGCUCGGUACUGUUAUCAAAAUUUAUAAUUUUAAAGAUCACCUUGCUCGUACAAUUUCAAACUUUCAUUCCUGCUAGUUCUCUUCGAACCAAAACAGUACCCAAGCGAAUCGUCGAACUCUCCUUCAUGAUGGUCACGACUAGCUCGAUCGCUAACCCUUGAAAAACACGCAUUUCCUUCUCGUUCCCCCACUUUGUAGUUUGAUUUGUACCACAAAAGUUUAGGGACUAAUUUGUAGUUUGGUUAUUCACACCUUGGAGGAGACCAACCGUCAUGGUUCCUCCAAAAAUUCCACAAAGCAUAUCCGCCGGAUUUUGACGCCCGACCACGGACAGCUACUUCUUCUUUCCUUCUGCUCCCGGCCCCACAAGACGACAAAAGGGAAUAAAAUCCAAAAUCCAAAACUAAUAAAAUUUUCAAAGCAUAUUAUUAAGAAGAAAAACAACCCUAUGAUCCGUUUUUCCUCCGUCUCUUUUUCAUAUAUAAAACGAAUCAAAUCUCUCAAAUUGAAAGAAAUUAAUCAGCUCUGCCCAAAAAUUUAUACCAUCCCAUCAUCCAAAAUGGAAGAUCUCGAAGCCGACGAUCUGAAUCUCAGCCUGUCCAUCGCCGUCCGUACGACGGAUCGUCGCACCGACAGCGGCGGCGGGGGGAUAAAGAGGAAGCGAUCGCCGCCGUUGCCCCUGCUGUCGACCUCAUCAUCGUCGACGACGACGGACGGCAGCCCGAAUCACGACGGCGGAAACAUCGAGGGGAAGAUCUUCCGUCUCCUCCAAAUGCGCGAGCAGAUAAUCAAGCGGCCGCGAACUGACACGACCCAUCAUCGGAAAUCUCCUCCGCCAGCAGAGGACGAAAACGACGGCGGGAGCAAGGAGGGACUCCACCUGAUACACUCGCUCCUCAUCGCCGCCACGGCGGUCGACGAGGGGAACUCCGAUUCCGCCCUCGAGAACCUCGCCGAGCUCUACCGGACCGUGUCGCUGGUGGGCGACUCUGUUCAGCGGGUCGUCGCCCACUUCGCCGACGGGUUGUCGGCCCGGGUCCUGACCCGGAAAUCCCCUUUCUACGAGACGAUCAUGAAGCGCCCCACCGCCGAGGAGGAGUUCCUCGCCUUCACCGAUCUCUACCGGGUCUCCCCCUGCUACCAAUUCGCCCACUUCACGGCGAAUCAGUCGAUCAUCGAGGCGUUCGACCGCGAGGCCGCCGCCGGCGGCAACAGCGGCGCCCUCCACGUCAUCGACUUCGACGUAUCGUACGGCCUUCAGUGGCCGUCGUUAAUCCAGGCCUUAUCGGAGCGGGCCACGCAGACGAACCGGAUCUCCCUCCGGGUCACCGGGUUCGGCAGGGGACCCGACGAGAUCCGGGAAACAGAGUCCCGCCUCGUCAGCUUCGCUAAAGGGUUUCGAAACGUGGCGUUCGAGUUUCAAGGGUUGUUGAGAGGCGCGAAGCUCGUGAACCUGAGGAAGCGGAAGAACGAGACGGUGGCGGUGAAUCUGGUGUUCCACCUGAACACGCUCGGCGGCGACCCGGUCAAGAUUUCCAACACGUUGAGGUCGGUCCACGCGCUGGACCCGUCGGUGGUCGUACUCGUCGAGCACGAGGGGUAUCGAAAUACGACAUCGUUUCUUUCGCGUUUUAUGGAAUCGUUGCACUACUUCGCGGCGAUGUUUGAUUCGUUGGAUGAUUGUUUGCCUAUGGAGAGCCCCGAGAGGCUAGGGAUCGAGAAGAAUUUGUUGGGGAAGGAGAUCAAGACGAUGUUGAACUGCGAUGAUUACGAGGAUUCGAACCUGAGACAUCAUCAGGGGUGGGCGAAGAGUGGGCCCCCACCACGGUACGAGAAGAUGGAGACGUGGAAAGGGAGGAUGGAAGGGCAUGGGUUUGCUGGGGCGAAGCUGAGCUCGACGACGUUGAUUCAGGCGAAGCUGUUGCUAAAGAUCAGGGCGCAUUACGGUCCGACGGUGGAGGUGGAUGGGGAGAGCGGUGGUGCGGGGUUUAGGGUUUUCGAGAGGGACAACGGGAAGGCGAUUUCGUUAGGGUGGCAAGACAGGUGCUUGCUGACGGCUUCGACUUGGAAUUGUGUAUGAAACAAAGAGGUUCAUGAUGAAGAUCAUUUUUUUUUUUGUUAGUUUCUUGAGAUUUUGGGUUAAACUAGCUAGGUUAAUUGUAGCUUUGCUAACUUGAUCAUACGGAUUAAUACUUGAUUCUUGUAACUUGGAGUAAUAUUGGGAUGAUCACACAUAGUUGUUCCCUUUCUUAUGUUCUUCAUUGAUGAUGAUGAUUGCACUUGAGAAGAGUCUCCAUUCUUCCAAGUUUCUUUUGGUUAGGAAGAGAGAUGGAUUCAUGAGAAGGUGGUUUAACUUUGCGACCAAGCAAGGUUUUGCAUAAAAAAGAUGGUGGUGGGGUUUGGUGUAGGUAGGUUUUUGUCAAUUAACUUUAUGAAAAUUA